GUCAGCUGUCUGCGAAGAAGGACUUCCUGUUUACUAUGUAACGUGGUGCACGCUGACUUUGGUUGCGGCGGUGAGGUGUUUAAGUGGUAGCAGAAUAGCCGUCGGAACGCUGAAGGCGCAGGAUGGGCCUGCUGAAGCUUCCCGAUGAAGUUCUCUAUCACAUCCUGUCGUAUCUGGACGUCAGGUCGCUCAUACGCCUCUCACAAGUCUGCAGAAGUGCGCGCGUGUUUGUGAAUCGGGACAGUGUGUGGAGAAAGAUAGCAAAACAGUUGCUAAACACAGGCAUCAGGCAGGACGGAACGGACAUAUACCCUCAGAUCUCGCUGAAGGAGAGAGUCAGGGUCGCACAAAACUGGGGUGCUGGGACCUGCAGAAGGGGAAUUCUUCUCCGAUGGAAAACAAAACUGUUACCGUGGUUACAGCUGGACGGAGACCUACUGUUUCUGUCCCAGGCUGGCGAUAUAGGAGCGUAUCGUAUAUCCAGUGGCAGGCUACAGCGCAACCCGGUAGCAAUAUACUCAGGACACAUUGGUGACGUAUGUCACUUUGCUCUGACGGACUCUCACCUCAUCAGUGGUGGAAGUGAUGGCAAGAUCAUGGUUUACAACCGGAGAGGAAAUGUUUUGAUGCAGUUAUCAAGUCAUAACCAGGAAGUAAACUGCCUGGACUCUAAAGACGGACUUAUCGUCAGCGGUUCCAGGGACCAAACAACUCGGGUAUGGACUUUGACCUCCAGCUGCCCCAGACACACCAUUUCCAUGUUUGACAGAGUGUGGUCUGUCGCUAUCAGUCCAACGCAGAGCACCUUUGUGACGGGAACUGCCUGCUGUAAGAACCUCUCGCCACUUCGCAUGUGGGACGUUGAGCGAUUAUCUUGUCUUUACAGCCUUGGCUCUGAAUAUCGUCAUGGGGCUGGGGUCUUGGACAUAGUGUUUGAGUCUCCAUAUCAGCUCUUUACCUGUGGCUAUGACACCUAUAUUCGGUUAUGGGACCUCAGAGUCAGUCCUCGGUAUUUGCAGUUUUUCCAGCUCAACACCAAUUCAGCCAGCAGUCCAGUUUACAGCUUACGAUUCAGCAGCACUCAUCUUUAUGCAGCCCUGGCCACAGCGCUGCACUCAUUGGACUUCAGAGAAAACACCGUCUGCAUCAAGUGAUGCAGACGGAUACUGUACUGUCAUACCGGUAAAAUCUAAAGACUUUUCCUUUUAUAUACCAAAACAGAGACACUAAUGAGCUUCAAAAGACAGAAUCCACUGUUCAGGUAAAAAGUCCUCCCUCAGUUGCCCGUACUUUCAAAAUGUUCUACACAUUUCUUUAAACUUUGUGCCAAAGUUAUUGUCAUAAUUUUUUAAAAUGUUUGUAAACUGAAUGCCUACACGGCCAGGGGUGGAGUCAUGGAAGACAAUGUUGUAACAGAGCAGCCUUCAAGGUAAAGUAAACUAAAUUAAAAGUGUCUGUAUUUGGGUGAGAAUCUGUUUAUUUUUCCAAAUAAAAUGUCUUUUGAAAUUUUUCCUUU